AUGAAGGCUGGUGGGAUAGCUGGUGUGUGCGUUGACUUGAUAUUAUUCCCUCUGGAUACCAUAAAAACCCGACUGCAGAGUCCCCAAGGAUUUAAGAAGGCUGGUGGCUUUCGCGGCAUCUACGCUGGCGUUCCUUCUGCUGCUGUAGGAUCCUUUCCGAAUGCUGCUGCCUUUUUUGUCACCUAUGAAUGUGUGAAAUGUAUGUUGCAUACUACCUCCCCUCCGUACCUGAGUCCAGUAACACACAUGGCGGCCGCCUCCUUUGGAGAAGUAGUUGCCUGUCUAAUACGGGUUCCUUCUGAAGUUGUAAAGCAGAGGGCUCAAGUUUCUCCUUCAUCCAGUACCUUUCGAGUUCUUUCCAACACCUUAUAUCAAGAGGGUAUUCAAGGACUUUAUCGAGGUUAUAAAAGCACAGUAUUAAGAGAGAUUCCUUUCUCUCUGGUGCAGUUUCCCCUUUGGGAGUCCUUAAAGGAUCUCUGGUCGUGGAAGCAGGGUCACGUGGUUGAUUCUUGGCAGUCGGCAACCUGUGGAGCUUUUGCAGGUGGAUUUGCAGCUGCAGUCACCACACCUCUAGACGUAGCAAAGACAAGAAUUAUGUUGGCAAAGGCUGGUUCCAGCAAUGCCAGUGGGAAUGUACUCUCUGCCCUGCACAGUGUCUGGAGGUCACAAGGGCUACCUGGAUUGUUUGCAGGUGUUGUCCCUCGAAUGACAGCAAUCAGUCUGGGAGGGUUCAUCUUUCUUGGGACAUAUGACAAAGCUCGCAGCUUCCUGCUCUGACUUGGAACAGAGAUUCCUGUGAAUAGUAGCAAAGAGCCAAAGAUCUGCUGCUCUCCGGAAAGAAUACACUCAUCAAAGUACUCACGCUCCUUCUCAGGCUUCUUUAUGGAGCCGAGGAACUGGUCAACAGCCUCAACUCGUAUUUUCACUAUAAAAAAAAAGUCCUUCAAUAAUCCAAUUUCCCUAACUUAAAAUUUCCCAGCAUGGAAAGCAGUGAAGUCAUAGAGAGACUUGUGCCAAAAAAGUAACGUGUGGGGGCAAACAGCUAAUUACAGCAUCUGCAAACAGCAUUAUCCGAACUCAUGCAAGGAAAACGUUUUGUAAACCAAAAGAACAUGGUUUGAGCAGCAAAAAUAGAAUAAAAUGAAUGUUCAUUAUCUAGAGACACUGGAUCCUCAGCAUUGGGGCUGCUUUUAGUGCAGUGGAAGAGUUGACAUAGCUGCAAUCAGCAGGCAUUUAAAGACUGUAGAAAGUAUUCUUAGUUGGGAGGCUGCUGGGGAAAAAUAAUGCCCAUUUGUUUCUGAUUUGAGCCAUAUUUUGAAAGUUUAUCCCACCGUUUAUACCUGCAGGUGCAUAGCAAGCACUCUUACUUGGUAACCAGUGUGGGGGUUUUAAUUAGACUCAGAUUUCGCCAGUAAAAGUACAAUGCUGUAUUAUUUUACAGGUAGCCCGUCCAACAAUGUUGCCUAUGAAAAGAAAUGCAGUUCUUGCCUUUUUUUUUUUUUUUUUUCCCUACCAAAAGGUGAAGUAGAUCUGGAUUUGUAGCAGUGAAGCACAGAACAGGAGAGAUCUGGCUGCAGAAUGGAAGUGACAAAUAGAAAACACAGGUUCUUCUCCUCGAUGAAAUGGCAGAUUGAGUAUAAUAGUUCUGAAGGGUGAGGCUAGCCUGUUCUCGGACUCUACUUAAAUUCUUCCUUUAGCAUAAAGACGCUACAGUUAAAAUCAGUUCGUGGAAUAGGUGCAGGGCCAAAAAGCAAACAUUAGCUGCUUGGCAAAAAGCCAUUAUUUCAGCUCAAUUAAAAUUAUCACUAGAAAGUCCAAGAUUUUGAAAAAUAAAAAAAUCUUGUCAAAUUUACAGCAGCAACUUAGUUACACCUUUAAAGAGCUAUAUUAAGAACCUGAAACUACCUUUCAGUUGCAUUGAAGGCACUUCCACAAUAAGGUUUUGUAGAAGCAGUGAGGCAGGCAUCCUAAUCAAAAUAGAUGCAAAUAUAAUUGAUAGCGCUAACACAGAGCCAAAUUAAGCUCUGCAGUAACGCCAGCAGCUUGGUCUGUACUACAGCGUAGUUUUUUUCCCCUGAAGAAAACCCUGUCACUGUUAAGCAAAUACAUGGAGAAACUGGCUGUCUUUAUGCAGGGUCCGGAAGUUUAGCCCUUGCUCAGAAAACAGUGGGAAAACUUGCAGAGCAAAAGGGACUAAUUCUUAAAAAUUGGAAUGUCUACCCGUCAUUGCCCACGCUCAUCCCUAGGGCAAUUUUAGUCCCAAACUGGCUGGCUGAUUCCGCUCCCUGCCAUGAUGCUGUAACAAUACUGCCGGUUUCGUCAGGGCAAUCUCAUUAAUGAUGUUACACAAGGUACUUUUCUCCAUUGUACAGUUGAUCCCUUUUUUCUGGAUGGGGGAAGGGGCAGGGGCAUGAGAGGAAUUCAUUCGGAAAAGCUAGCUACUGGCUCAAAGCUCUUUAUGGGCAUGGGCUUGGUUUGCUUUUCAACAAGUAGGCUGACACCGGAGGAUUUAUUAUUCUCAGCACAGGACUCAAAUUUCUCUUGGGUCCAUGUUUUGUGCUUUUGAAACAUCAGUUCUGGAAUCCGCCUUUUCUUAUUCUACAUGUUUUACUACCAACAAAGUGAAGGAUGGACCUCUAGACUUCUGUAAUGACAAUGGUCACAUGUGCCUCUUUCAUAGUCCCAGCCCAAGACAAUGGUAAAAUAUACAGAGUGAGUAUAGCAGUAAUUUAGAGUGAAAUACAUGACAAGGCUGUGGUGCAUAUCCCACAACCAAGCAUUCAAAACCCAGGCAAUUCAGAGUUAAGCUUAAGUAUACAAGAUAUCCAAGCAGGUUAAAGUAUGGCUACGCAAAGAUGCUUAACGCUGCUCUGUAGCGCUGCCAUGUACUAACCAUAGUAACAAUCAGUGCACGAAUGAGUUUGAACAUCUUUAAAAAUCUGCACCACCAUUUCUUCAUAUAUUGUCCCUCCUGCUGGGUGCCUGUCUCUCGCACUGCACCCAGUGGAAACUGGAAGUGCUUUCACAGUGGAGGAACCUCUCCAGUGGUCGGUUGAUCUCGCUUCCUUUUCGCCGGGGUUCUUGCUGUGGACCACAGUCUACGAUGAAGGCCCAUGAAAACCCAUUGGUGCUGCUAUAUGCCCGAAGACAGGUACAGCUCUUUUCCUUUACCUACCACUGAUCAUGCUGCUACGGCCCCUGGUUUCUGAGGACCGAUCUCAGGGACAUGCCAGCCUCCCCAGAUGAUGCAACCCUGCACUGAGUGGAAGAAUGGAGGGGGGCUGGUAUGGAGGCUACUUACUCUGCAGGUAAAAAGCAAUGACUGUGGAGCAUGAUAGUGGUUGCUGACAUAAGGACCUAUACUCUGUUUACCACGUAACAAACUUUCUAGGACAGCAUCGCACCUAAUGGCCCAACACUUCUUUCAGCAACUGGCUGGCUCUGUUCAGCGAGCCAUUGGAAUCAAAGUCAGUCCCCAAGGUACCAACUGAGGACAUCUGUGGCUUGAGCACAGUUGGAGAUGGCAGCCCGUGGUAGAAUUCUCUCUAGUAGAAUACUAUUCAGCAUGCCCUGCUGAAGGAGAAACUUUCAGUGAUGAAUAAUGGGGAAAGAGACCAUUAAUCCUUAAAAAACAAAAAAGGUCUUCAAUGACAGCCUAUGCACCAGAUACAAUUGAGAUUUAACUAUAUGUAAAGUUUGAAAAGUUUGUGUUAUUCCAUAAUUGAGGGCCCCAAAAAAAGUUGUCUGACACUAGACACUACAUUCCUUAAAGACCACAUUUUUAUUGUAUAUUUUCAGAGAACUCUCUCUUCUCAAAGAGCUGUAUUUUUGGAGAGACUACACUUAAAAAAA